AGAAGCAACAAAGAUACAGUUUCACUCCAAUUAGAAGUCCCUGCAGUCACAAAAAAGCUUCGCUCGGUUAGUUACAUCAAUUCGAUCAAGUGCUCUCCUUCUUGAUAGCGGUACGGUGGUUCUACCGUGAUCUCGGCUAUAUACUUUUUGGCAGAGCCGUCUCGCCGUCCAUUCCUCUUCUACACCGCUCGCCGCCAUUCCGGAUUCCUCAAGCACAGAAGCUACAGUCAGGUGUAGCAUAGCGGUUAACAGGUCUAAUGCAAAGCUGUUGAAACAGAAUGCCACAAAGCUCGAUCACAUACGAUAGUUUGCAAUAUGUAUGGCACGAUGAGUAAUACAGUCAUCAAAAAGCAGCAAACAUAAGUAUGAUUGCAAUCUUACCGACUACAAAUACUCAACGUUUCUACAGUAUGUCGGAGAACAAAUAUUACUUCCAAAUCUCAAUUUCAGGGUUCUAAUUGGAAAACACAUUCGAUGAGGAAAUUGACAAAAUCCACCAUUAUAAUAGGCAAAAGAUCAUUUCCCUUAGGUGAAAUUGUGCAGAAUGCCGACUCCAAUAAUGAAGAUUCUAAUCUUGGCAUUGCUAACAGGAUUCACACUGGUCCUAAAAGACCAAGAGCAAUGGGAACCGAAAAUGAACCAAAUGCCAUUUUCCCUCUUGACUUGAAUAAAAGUUCUUCUUUGUGUUCGAAUAGAGCACCAUUGCAAAAUAUAACGAACGUCCCGUCGAGAACACUUACUAUUGGUAAAAGUUUUGGAGGGACAACUUCUCUAUCUUACACUCCUUAUCAUACUGAAACAUCACGAAAAAGAGAUAUGUCUGAGGCCCGUACUACAUUCACUUCUGAACAAAUUGAAUUAUUGGACGUUGGCGAUGUCAAUGGAACAUAUUAUGAAGUAGAUAAAAAUACUGAAGGAGAUAGGUGCACAGAGAUACCUGAUACAUUUUCAGAUGAUGAUGGGAUCGCAUUUGAUGUGGAAGACUCAUCAUAUGCAUUUAAUUCGUAUGAAGAUUAUUUAGAUCUGGGUGACAGUACUUACACAUGGAAAGAGUUAAAAGACAUGGAAAGCAAAAACCAAAGUUCUCAAUGUGUUGCAAUCAAGGAGAUGUUGUACUCCCCAAGAUGCAAACACCCCCACAGUUGUUAGGGGCUUUGAUAUUUGGCACAGAUGAGCGUAGUGGACAUUUCCUUAAAAAUAUACGUUCAUAUAAUUCUAUGUUUUCGUUUACUUCAAUGUGCGGAAAAACUGAUGGAAGCAUAAAUAGUGGCACUUCACCUAAGUUUCUACAGAUGUACUUAUCUGAUCCAGCUGAAGAGAUUGCACACAGAAUAAACGCUGUGAGGAAUGAGGAUGAUACCUCCUUGCAAUCUUCAUUGGUGCAAGACUUGAAAGAAAUGCUUGACACAUACAAUGUGCAUGCAAAAUCAUUCAGAAUGGCGAGAGAUCGAUUUAAUGAGUCUAAUUCCAUCACAUUGAAAAUGAAACUCAUCGACAAAAGGCACUCAGAAGGCCGCACUUACAACAUGCCAAGUGUCAAUGAAGUUGCAGCGCUAAUUGAAGGUGAUUUUGAUGUAAACAAAAAAGAAAGAGAUGUGCUUCUUCAAACAAAGACAGGUGCUCUACAAAUUAUUUCUGAAUUGAACCCAUCUUUCUUGGGUUUGCAAUACCCACUUUUAUUUCCAUAUGGCCAAGAUGGGUUUAGAGAAGAUGUGUCGUUGACGCGUGCAAUAAAUAGCGAGAGCGAGAGUGGGAGGAGGCGUGUCACCAUAAAAGAUUUCUUUUCAUACAGAUUGCAGGAGAGGACUGAUGAAUCACCUUAUCUAUUGAGAUCAAAGAGAUUGUUUCAACAAUUCAUUGUUGAUGGGUAUACAAUGGUUGAAUCAUCACGAUUGCAGUACAUCCGUCUCCACCAGAAACAGUUAAGAAGUGACUUAUAUAGUGGCUUAGCAGACGCUGUUGGAAGGGGAGAAACGGAUGCAUCUAGAGUCGACCAAUUAAUUGUUUUGCCAAAUUCCUUCACAGGUAGUGCACGCUAUAUGUUGCAAAAUUACCAAGAUGCAAUGGCUAUAUGUAAAUGGGCGGGGUACCCACAACUAUUCAUCACAUUUACAUGUAAUCCGAAAUGGCCGGAGAUUAUUCGCUAUGUUGAUGACAAGGGAUUGGAUCCAAAUGACCGACCGGAUAUCCUUUCCAGGGUUUUUAAGCUAAAACUCGAACUUCUCAUCAAGGAUCUGAAGGAAAAUAAGUUAUUUGGUGAUGUCAAAGCAGUUGUCUACACUGUGGAGUUUCAGAAACGUGGAUUACCACAUGCGCACAUUGUAUUGUGGCUUUCGAUGACAGAGCGCAAUGCAAACCCAUCGGUGAUGAUCGAUAGAAUUAUUUCAGCAGAGAUCCCAGAUGAAUAUGUUGACCCUGUGUAUUACAAUGCAGUUAAAGAAUUGAUGAUCCACGGUCCAUGUGGCCCUAUGAAUGCAUCUGCACCAUGCCACAGAAAAAGGCCGGUGCACAAAGCACUUUCCAAAGAGAUUUGUCGUUCGCACGACAAUGGAUAAGCAAGGUUAUCCGAUUUACAGACGCAGAGACAACGGCAGGUAUGUUACUAAGAAUACCCACGAUCUCGAUAAUAGAUAUGUCAUGCCACACAACCGUGGCUUAUUGUUGAAGUAUAGUGCUCACAUUAAUGUCGAGUGGUGUAACCAAACACGGGCAGUUAAGUACUUAUUUAAGUACAUCAAUAAGGGUGACGAUCGGAUAACCGUUGAGUUCUCAGAAGCUAUAGAUAACUCUACUCCAAAAAUAAUAGAUGAGAUUAAGAUGUACUAUGACUGUCGGUAUAUAUCCGCAUGUGAGGCUGCUUGGAGAAUUUUCGGAUUCCAUAUUCAUUAUCGAGAUGUACCAGUUGAGCGUCUCACUUUUCAUCUUCCUGAUGCACAGAACGUAUACUACAAUCCCAAUGCAUCUAUAAGCUCAGUACUGAAUAAACCAACAAUCAACUCCACAAAAUUCACGGCUUGGAUGAAAGCAAAUCAAGUGUAUCCUACUGCCAAAGAGCUGACGUAUGUUGAGUUUCCAAGCAAAUUCAGGUGGAAGAAAAAUACCAUGGAAUGGGUAGAAAGGAAGAGAGGAUUUGCUAUUGGACGCAUUUAUUAUGUACGACCUGGAGCAGGGGAGAAGUACUACCUACGAAUAUUGUUGAAUAUUGUGAAGGGAGCAACCAGCUUUGAGGAGUUGAGGACUUAUGAAGGGAUCGUAUAUCCUACAUUUAGAGACGCGUGCCACGCGCGUGGUUUACUUAAAGAUGACAAGGAGUUUAUUGAUGGCAUUACAGAUGCGAGCUUCUGGUCUUCUUCACGGUCACUUCGCAUUGUAUUUGCUACUCUACUGGUUUCAAAUGAGUUUUCGAAGCCAGGCUUAGUGUGGCAAAAGUGUUGGGAGUUUUUCUCUGAUGACAUACUAUACAAUAUUCGCAAGAAUACGGGUAAUCCGGAUUUUGAACUGGAUAAAGAGAAAAUUGAAAAGUACUGUUUGUUGGAGAUUCAGAAGCUCUUGCAGUCGAGAGGUAGAUCACUACGUGAUUUUGCUGGCAUACCCUUGCUACCUGAUGAUGAAAUGCCCUCGCUUGAAGAAGUUCUCAUUCAUGAAGAGCUGCGGUAUAAUAAAUCGUAUCUGAUUGAGGAGCAUGCAAAGUUGUUGGCCAAGAUGACAGAUGAACAACGUGUUGUGUAUGAUAGGAUAAUGGAAUCUGUAGAUAGUAGAAACGGGAAAUUCUACUUUUUAUAUGGCCACGGAGGAACUGGGAAAACAUAUCUAUGGAGGACUUUGUCUGCAAUUGUGAGAUCUCGCGGUGAUAUAGUUCUUAACGUGGCUUCAAGUGGUAUAGCAUCGCUUCUCUUGCCUGGAGGAAGAACCGCACAUUCGAGGUUUGCGAUUCCACUUAGUGUUGUAGAAGACUCCACGUGCAACAUAAAACAUGGUAGUCCGUUGGCCAAGCUGAUAGAGUUAUCUAAGUUAAUUAUAUGGGAUGAAGCACCUAUGACGCACCGACACUGUUUUGAAGCUCUUGAUCGGAGUAUGAGAGACGUGCUUCGUUACUCCAGCCACUGUGACACUACCUUGCCUUUUGGUGGGAAGACGAUUGUAUUUGGUGGUGAUUUUAGGCAAAUUCUUCCUGUGAUACCAAAAGGCACGAGACAAGAUAUUGUGCACGCCGCAUUGAACAGUUCAUUCUUGUGGUCACAUUGUACUGUAGUGAGGCUUACUAAAAACAUGAGGCUAGCAAGGAUGCUCGGCCAGCCGGAUGGACCAACUAUCCAAUCUUUUGCAGAGUGGAUUUUGAAGAUUGGUGACAGAGCUUUUGCUGAAAAUCAAGACGGAGAAUCACUAAUUGAAAUACCAGACGAUAUGAUUGCUCCAAUGACGUCUGAUCCUGUUGAAUCUAUAGUUCAAGCUAUUUAUCCAGAUUUCUUAACCCAGGGUGAUCCGAUUAAUUAUCUUUAUUCCAGGGCUAUUCUUGCUCCAACCAUAGAUGAGGUUGAUAAGGUCAACGAUUACAUGUUGAGCCAGAUAGAUUCAGAGUUAAAGACAUACCUAAGUUCAGAUUCAGUUUCUUCAUCUGACUCAGAUAGUAAUGAUCUCUUGCAUGAGAUACAUUCUCCUGAAUUUCUUAAUAGCAUCAAAUGUGCUGGCUUGCCGAGUCAUGAGCUCAAGCUGAAAGUUGGAGUUCCUGUGAUGCUUAUGAGGAAUAUCGAUCAUUCAUCUGGAUUGUGCAACGGCACACGACUUCUGGUCACUAAACUUGGAACUCAUAUUAUUGAGGCUCAGAUGAUGCACGGAGAAAAUGCCGGCGAAAAAUUUCUUAUUCCCCGCCUUACUUUGACACCAUCGGACAUUAGUCUCCCGUUCACUUUUCAGCGUAGGCAAUUUCCGUUAAUGGUUAGCUAUGCAAUGACCAUCAACAAGAGCCAGGGACAGUCAUUGGAAAAGGUUGGCAUCUUCCUCCGUCGUCCUAUUUUUACGCAUGGACAGUUGUACGUGGCUGUCUCGAUAGUAACAAGUCCGUCUGGGUUAAAGUUUGUUAUAUGUGACGAAGAAGGGAAACCAAAGAAGUCAGCGUUGAAUGUAGUAUACAAAGAAGUUUAUACUAAUUUGUAGUUCCCUUUCUUUACAUGCAUACAUCCAUACUCAUUGCUAGCAUAUCACUUCAUGAUAUGUACUUAACUUU